AUGCCUCCCGUCAACACCCUUCAUAAAAAAAGCUACCCAGCUAUCUCUCCUCUCCGUCCUGAACUAUCGACCAAAGGAAAGAAUGCUCUCGUCACAGGUGGUGGCUCUGGUAUUGGCGUCAGCAUUGCCAGGUCCUUUGCACAGUCUGGCAUCACCAACUUGGCUCUCUUAGGUCGUACAGAAAAGACCCUUCUCGAAAACAAGACAUACAUCGAGAAGACCUACCCCGAGACCAAAGUCUGGACCUACGCAGUCAACAUCGUUGAUGCUGAAUCGACUCGUUCAGUCCUCGAAGCGUAUACCGCUGCCAUCAACGGCAAGAUUGAUAUUCUCAUCGCCAAUGCAGGAUACAUGCCCAAGACAGAACAUAUCGAUGUAGCGGACGCUGAAGAUUGGUGGCUCACUUUCGAAAUCAACGUCAAGGGCAACUUCAACCUCCUUCGCGCUUUUCAUCCUCUCGCUGCCCCUGAAGCGACCGUAAUCCACAUCUCGACCAGCGCCAUGUACACCGAGUUUAUGCAUGGGUUCUCAGCCUACCGUGGAUCAAAAAUGGCUUCUUACAAGAUGUAUGAAUGGUAUGCUAAAGAAAACCCGGACAAAGUGGUAAUUCAGUUCCAUCCAGGACUGAUCCUCGACACUGCCAUCACUCGACCUAUUGUGGAUGUUAUCAAGGAGUACAAGCUUAUUCCGGAGGAUGUUUCUCUUCCGAGCGACUUUUCUGUCUGGGCUGCUAGCGAUGAGGCCAAGUUUUUGAACGGUCGUAUGGUUGAGUGUAUGUGGGAUGUCAAUGAGCUCAAGGCGGCCAAGGAGCAGCUCGAGGCCUCGUGGGAGAAAUUCACUGUUGGGUUGGUGGUUUAA